CAAACCUGUACAAAGAUCGAAGCGUCGCAUUAACCAAGCAUGGCGCCCAGCGCAGAUUCUCCAGCCAAGACGCGUGCGACUGCCUCCACCGUGGCAAGAAGCAACCAGUCCGAGAUCGAUCUUUCCUCUCCACUCUUUAAUGCGGCGCAAUAUCUGGCCGUCACACACGCGGUGGGGGCUGUCUACACUCUGUGUUGCUCCGUCUCGCAUGCAAACUAACCAAUGUGCCAAUCCCAACUAGAGCACGAGCUUCUCUGAGCUACAGACGGAGCUGCAGGUGCUGCGCAAGACCACGUCCGACAAAACGGAGCAACUUAAGGCCCUAGUGAGCGCGCACUUCGACCAGUAUCUGAGCUGCCAUGAGGCCGUGCGCACAUUGGCCGCAGAUGUUGGUGCGCACCAACAAGAGACCGAAGCGUUAGUGGGGGACAUGCAAAACCUGAGUCGUGUGACGGAUGCCUCACUAGCAGUGAUGCUGCAGCGUGCUAGGGAACAGCGGCGUAUUCGCCACACACUGGCGGUGCUAGCGCGUUUACGUCCCAUUCUGGAGCUGACGAGCAAGAUGAAGGCCAGUCUGCGCAUUCAAGACUACGAAACACUGGCGGUGGACUACGCGAGGCUGAAACAUCAGAGCGGCAAGAUUGCGAACCUUGCUGCACCACUGAAGCGUGUAGUUACAGCCGGCCAUGAAAUCGCAGCUACAGCCAACGCAGAACUGCUCCGAAAACUGGAGGAUAUGUCGGCGUCGGUCUCAGAUCAAAAGCGCGCUAUCGACGUGUUAACUGCACUGGGACUAGUGGAGAAACCCAUACUUACCUGCCUCAUCAAGCAGUUCGAGUACCUGGAGCGCAAGCUGACAGAAUUCGAAGAUUCCAGCCCGAUUACCAGUGAGGAGGUCAUGAAAGAAUGCGUCGCCAUCGCAGCUCGCUUUCGUAACGGAUUGUGGGGCUUUAUUUGCGAAUUGUUCAAGACUCCAGCAGGUAGUGCGGCUGCAACCAGUAAUGCCAUAACUUCCGUCGAGGCCGAGCGCGUCCAGCAACAAGCGUGGAGUAUAUUAUCCAAGUGCACUGGUUUACUGGAGCGUCAUGCGUCACCUCCCUCGGCACUGCGCCUCAAGCUACUGAACGAAGCCUUCCGUCAAUUCCGAUGUCUUAAAAAGUGCCCCAACGCUGCAACACUCAAUGCAAACAUUGAGCAACUCAACGAGAAUUUCUGCGAUAAAUUCAGAACCACCAUUACGCUGGGAUAUCUGGAGCAAGAAUGCCAAGCCGCGCAAUCAGGGUUGCUUGCUGAGUAUUUUGAACCGGUCGUGACGGUACUUCCAUCAUUUUCGAGUGAAAUCACCCUUGGAACCCCAAACUCUUCCGCUCUCACUCCAACGGUAAUGACGGGACCGCGAACAAAAGUACAGCGCGUGAUCGUUGAGGCUCGACAAGCGUUUGACGUCAUCAGAAAUACAUCUAGGGUAUCCUCCGAGUCCAAGAUUCUACUGCAUCGGCCGUCGGUCUUCACCACUUGUGCAACCGACGUCUUACAGCGCUGGAAGGGUAUUUGGAAGAACGUUGGUGAAGCACUACUGGAUGUAUUGGAUGUCGUCGACCGCAACAGUGCUCGUAAAAGUGGAGAAACUACGGCAGUAUCUGCAGAUACUGACGUGGAUUUUCAAUUCAGAACAAACCUUGUUCAAGCUCUGGAGAAGCAUCUGCGCGACAUGUUGUCCGACUUUCUUGACAAAGUGGUGGACGCAUUUGUUGCGGAGAUCACUCCACCAGUUCUGCCGGAAUCCUCCACUAUUGGUGGGGUCAACCACAGCUGGAAUGGCGCACGAGUGUGUAUCUUGCUUGCCAUUGUCGCGAACUGCGUCGAAUUGCGCGAAAAAUGUCUGCGCAUUGUCGACGGAUGGAUGGCGCAGCUUAAGCAUGGCAACAUUGAUGAGGACGCCUACAAUAACAUGCUAGAGCACGGCCGUGCAGCUACUUCUGGUACUCGAGAUCUCGCCAAUGUGGUGCAAAAUGUCGAGAUUAAGUGUAUGGACAUGUACUCGUCCGCACAUGCAGAACCACUUCAGAAAAUCCUGCGUGCAGGAGCGGCGGAAGAACCAUUCCAGUCUCAUAAUAGCAACAGCAGCAGACACAACUCUCGCACUAGCCGCACUGGUAGCGUUGGAUCCCCGGUGCUUGUAUCCAAUCCUGUGUCUAUGCCUUCAGAUCCUCGCCAAUACGUAUUCACCGUGCUUCUUCAGCUGAUCACACUUCGCAGUGAAGUCGAAAUGAGCGUUGGAGAAUACCCUCAAUGCUGGGACUACAUACGCAGCGUGACAGACCCACUAACUGCAGCAUUGGCUGAUUUUCUCCAGACCUCGGUACGCAGACUAGAGGAUAGCAGUUCAAGUCUGGAUGGGUGGAAGCUUUGUCAUGUAAGUAUUGGUUAAAGUCUUUUCACAAAUCUUCCAUAUUGACAUUCGUGUGUGUGUGUGUGUGUGUGUGUGUGUGUGUGGACUUUGCAGCUGAUCGUCGAAGUACGUUUCUUCCAGUUGGCUCUGAGCGAUCUCAUGGCGGAAGGCACCAAGACUCAGUUGGAGGAACUGGAGAAGCAGCUCGUGCAGACCAAGUCCGGAGAUCAAGCAGCGAAUGCAGGCCAUGUGACGCUACUCAAUCAGAUGAAGCAUCAAACCAAGCUAUACCUUCUCGCAUUGCAGCAGUAAUCCUUGGAGCCCGAUAAGAAUAGUUCCAUACAUGUAUACUGCCCGGGCACCACUCCUCGCAGGCACAACGUCAUUUUGCGUACUUCAGUAAUAGCGUAAGCGGGAGAAAUCUACCGCAAAACAAGCCUCCGUCGCUGCAAAACGGGUAGACGAUGAUCUUUGCCAUUGCCAGCUAGUCAUCCUUUUCCACGG